AGCUAAAUGGUCGUGUCUCUACAAAAAAAAAAAAUAAAUAAAUUAUUUUUUUUUAAAUUAAUUUUAUUUUAGUUUUCUUAGAAUUAUUUAAUUGGCAGUUUUGUCAAAAAAUAUUAAUUUAAAAAUUAGAAAGGCAAAAAAAAUAUUGAAAGUGAAAUCAGAGAAAGGAAAAGUGAAGAGUCUAGUGAUUUUAUUUACGAAUUGGCGAUAAAAAGAAUAAAUAUAAAACAAGAAUUUCGAGUUUUUUGCGUGUUUGCACAGCUUUUCAUUAAAAUAAAAGUUACAUAAAAAAGUAUCGAAAACGAGACAAGAAUAGCAAGGAAAUAAAAAAAAACAUAAAAAUUAAUAAUAAUAGCCCAUGUGCUUCUUUGCUUGGUGAUUCUCUUGUCGAUUCUUUAAAACAAAAAAAUUCUUAAAACAAUAAAGAAGAAGAUUCAUGUGCAGCAACUAACAAUUGAAGAACGUGCAUAAAUUAUAAUUUUCUGUUAUUUUUUCAGUUCUUUUGAAAUUUUCAAAAAAUGGCAGAUUUUCACGAUCAUGACCACGAUCACGAUCACGACGACGAUGGAAACGCCUUGUAUGCCAAAAUUACCGCAAUGACAGUUCUCUUCGUGGCAUCGACAAUUUUCGGUUUGCUGCCUUUUAAGCUUUCCAAAUGGCUGAAUUGGACCGUUGAUGAGAACGCGCGAACUUCCACUGUGAUUUCGACUCUUUUGAGCUUUGGCGGUGGUGUUUUGCUGGCGACGACAUUUUUACAUUUGCAACCUGAAAUCGCGGAAACAAUUGAAAGUUUGCAAGCGAAAGGUUCAAUGGGCGAUCUGAGUUUUAGUCUUGCGCCGUUUUUGAUGUGCGCCGGAUUUUUCAUGAUUUAUUUGAUCGAAGAAGUUAUUCACACGUAUCUCUUGUCGCAAGAAAAUUCAAGCAAGGCAGCAGCGAAUGGCGAGUUGGAAGGUGCCUUUGUACGAGGAAUCAAUGCGCGUGAAAGUGUCUUGUUGAAACGGAAGAAGAAAACUGAAAUCCGGAACGGAAGUAUUUCCACGACGGAGCUAAUUUCGAACGAUGUCGAAAGUCAAAAAGACGAAAGAACGAACAACAAUGAAACCAAAGGCAGCGAAGCGGUUGUUGUGAAAAAAGAUCCGCAUAACGGGCACAAUCAUAACCACGCAACGCACAACCACAACCACAUUCCGGUCUUUAAAGCGACGGACGACGAAAGUAUGCUGGUGUCGUCGUUGCGUGGAUUGCUAAUUGUGCUCGCGCUCUCUAUCCACGAACUUUUUGAAGGACUUGCCGUGGGUCUCGAGCCAACUGCUGCCUCUGCAUGGUACAUGUUUGGCGCCGUGUCAGCCCAUAAACUCGUCAUUGCCUUCUGUAUUGGCGUCGAAUUGGUCGUAAUUCGCACAAAAUUGUGGCUCGGCAUCUUGUACGUGAUAAUUUUCGCGAUUGUUUCGCCCAUUGGCAUCGGAGUCGGCAUCCUCUUGAGCGAGGCAAAUAACGCCGAAGCCUUUGCUGUGCCUUCCGUGAUAUUACAGGGACUUGCGUCGGGAACGCUGCUCUACGUCAUCUUCUUCGAAGUACUUUCCAAAGAGAAAUCCGGCAUCAUUCAGUAUUUCGCUGUCGUCGCCGGUUACUUUAUCAUGUUUGGACUGCAACUUCUGACUGGACAUCAACACUCUCACGGAGGCGCUGAAGAAGGACACAAUUUGCAUUCACACUCACACGAUCAUGAGCACGGACAUGAUGCUCAUUAAAUUUUGAUCCUACGUGUCAGCCAAGGUCAUCACAAAGUAAAAAAGUCCUAGAUGGAGAAUUUAUCCCUUGCUACAAUAUAAUAAAAAAAAUGUAUUGGUACAAAACGAGGGAGCUAAUAUGCCAUAAACCGUAGAUUUUAAUGUUUUUAUUUAUAUUUUUAGUAUUUUUUUUGCAAUUAAUUAAUUUAGAAUUAAACAAUUAAUGAAAAAUGAAAAGUUUUAAUGUGCUAGAUUUUGUGCUAGAAAACAGAAGACUUGAAAUUUUAUACCUACUUUAAUAUUAAAAAGUAGAAAUAAAUAAUUAUAGCAAUAAAAAAAGAGAGAUUAAUUGUUUAAAAUUUCGUAAAUCGAUAAAAUCUUUAAUAGUAAUAAUAAAAAGGAAAUUUUUUCUUAGUAAAAUUAAG